AUGAUAUCUGCAUGUUUCAAAGUUCAGAUUAUUCAACAUUUAUAUCUGUACAUGUUGGAUAAAUUGUUCUGUUAUGCUGCCUCUGCUGUCACUUUAGAAGAUGAUCGCCGAGGUAUGAUAAAGAAUGAUAGUGUCGAAAAUCUUGAUACUUAUAAUGAUGAAUUAAUUGAAAGAGAUAUUGAAUUAACUGAGGGUGGUGUAAAAGUUAAAAGUUCUCUUGCUCCCGAUAAUAAAGGCUUCAAGUUACACUAUCCUAUCUAUUUGGCAAAAUGUGGCAUAGAGGCUAUUAUAGAAGACUCUGUCACUAAACGCUUCUCAGCUGCUGAACUGAGAGUUUGGAAUUUUUUAAGUCGUAAUCAAAGUUAUGUCUAUGUUAAAAAGGAUAAUCAUACAACAUUAAUGUGUUUAUGGCUUAUUGGUGUGAUUGUUCGAUAUGCAAUAUUCUUACCAUGCAGACUUUUUCACGUAAACUACCUCCAUCUCGAUUAA